UCCGGGUAAGAUGGCGGCGGAAGAGCAGUGCUCGGCACCACCUCGAUGGCAAUCGAUAUCUUUAACGCACGUAGAGUAUCCAGCUGGUGAUCUGGCAGGGCAGAUCCUGGCAUAUGCCAGUCUGCUGCCGAUGGCGAUCCUGGUUGGCUUUGUCACGCUCAUUGUCUUCAAGAGAGAGCUGCACACGAUCUCGUUCUUUGGUGGUUUAGUGAUGAAUGAAGGGAUAAACUGGUUGCUGAAGCACAUCCUACAGGAGCCCCGCCCAUGUGGAGGAGGCCACAGCACAGUAACCACAGAGUACGGCAUGCCAUCCAGCCACUCACAGUUCAUCUGGUUCUUUGUCAUUUACUUUUUCCUCUUUCUUUAUUUAAGAAUGCAUCAGACAAACAACGCCAGAUGUGUGGAGUUGUUAUGGAGACAUGUGCUGUCAAUCAUCCUACUGGGUGUGGCAUUGUCCGUGUCAUACAGCAGAGUUUACCUUCUCUACCACACCUGGAGUCAGGUGAUAUAUGGAGGCGUGGCUGGAAUGGUGGUCGGCGUGGUCUGGUUUUUCAUAACGCAGGAAGUGUUGACGCCGAUUUUCCCCAAGAUAGCAGCCUGGCCCAUAUCGGAGUUUUUUCUAGUGAGGGAUACGAGUCUCAUUCCCAAUAUUCUGUGGUUUGAGUACACGGUCACCAGAUCUGAAGCCAGAAACAGACAACGAAAGCUGGGAACAAAACUCCAGUGAUCCGCACUCUCUGCUGGUUCAAACUGACAAAAAGGACCACAAAAAUACACAUGCGCGCGCACACUCGCACUCACUCUCUCUCACUCAUACAGACAUACCCACAACACACACACUCCUACAUUCGAACACACUGGAGCUCAAAUGUCUGGACUGUCCGGGUUGAGUCUUUCUGUUUUCAGGCGGACCAAAACUGAGAGUUCAGUUGAGAGGUCAAAGGGGCGGGGCCUAUGUAGGGGCUCAACCCUCUCCCCUCGUCAUCUCUUUCUGAUGCAUGCUGACCGUGCAAGAGGUGAAGCUAUUUAACAAGAAACGUUUUCUUAUUAACCAUUAACGCACGAGGGUACCUGGUUUAAAAUGGGAGAGAGAAGAUUCUUUAGUGACGUAUUGCUGAUUUUUGUUACAGCAUGACGUUUUUCUUUUAGAAACUGUAUAAGGGGGAAGCUAUUCAAGUGGGGAUUUGUAGCAGAAAAGUAAAAGUAAAAAGGGGGGGGUUCUCUUCUCUCUCCCCUUCUUGUUCUCCCCUCCCCGCCACUAUUCUUAUAGUUUGGAAACAGGUUUCCAUGCUCUGGUAAUAUAUAUGUAUUAUAAAGUAAAAUAAUUUGCACUUUGUGAAUCAGAAUGGAAAAAGCAACAUUUUAUUAUCUUUAACACUAUUUGCAUCACAGUACCGGUAACUGAAUUUUAAUUUCCUCCCUACUUUCCCUUCAUGAAAAGGCAACAUUCCUAAACAUCAUGACCUUGUAUUGAUCUAAUGGACUUCCCAUACAGAUCAUUUAUCAAAAUAAUUAGUCCAGUUGCACACCAAGACCUUUUAUUGGUCCAUUUUUGAUGAUUUUGGUUGCAGUUUGCAUACCCCCUUUUUCCUCCCCUUUCUCUCCCAGAAGCGUUUUGUUUUCUCCACCUUUAAAACAGUCGAGUUUCCAAGUUCUGGGACCGAGAUCUGCUCCGUCUUUUUCCACCCCGUAUGUUUAAAAGGUACUUUUAUUGUCGUCGUUGGGAAUUUCCCCACCAAAUGUAAUCUUAAUAAAAGUUUACCUGACCAUUUAGCAGCUUUGUUUCACUCCAGGAAAGCUAAAGUGCAUAACUUGACAACUAUAAUCCUCAUACAUACUUGAGCAGGUACACUGUGAGAGCCUGGGCAGGGACACAUUCAAUGGUUUACACUGCAAUAUGUUCAGAUGCUGUUUUAAAUAGAGAUCUGUCUUUUAGAAGAAGACCCUUGGAGUAUAUUUUAGCUGUACAGUAUGAACGAUCUUUAAGAGAAUAGUGUGAAAAGUAAACUCCGACUCGGAGCUUGGAGGACUGGAUCAAAAGUGUAUUCUAGAGUGUGGAUUUGGGGCAUCGAAAAAAUGACACGAUUCAAAAAUGAAUUUCUCCAAAUGGGGUAAAUGAUGCUAUAUUUGGGGAGAAUUAAGUUAUUCCACGAAAUCAAGUCAUACAUGAGCUGAUGGGCGUGUACGACGAGAUUGAGUGGAAUAACUUUUUUUUUUUAUUCUAUCCACGUUCACUGGAUUUUGAGAAGAGCAACUUUUUUUUUUUGCAAAUUCAAUAAAUAAGAACUAAUAUACAAAA